CCUGGAGUGCACUUCCUCCCCGCUCGCGCUGCCGCCGCGGCCGCCGGUCCCCGCGCCGCCGCCGGAGCCCAUGGCCGGGACGCGCUGGGUGCUCGGGGCGCUGCUCCGCGGCUGCGGCUGCAACUGCAGCAGCUGCCGGCGCACCGGCGCCGCCUGCCUGCCCCUCUACUCGGCCGCCGGCGCCUUCCCUUCGGGCGUGUCGGGCCGCCGCCGCCUGCUGCUGCUGCUCGGGGCCGCCGCGGCCGCCGCCGCCCAGACGCGGAGCUUCCAGGCCGGGCCCGCGCCCCCCGGGAGGCUGGCGGGGCCUCCGCCUGUGGCCGCCUCUGCCGCGGCCGCGGCCGCCACCUCCUACCCUGCCCUGCGGGGCCCGCUGCUGCCGCGGUCGCUGGCGGCGGCCGCCGGCCCGGCGCGGGGCUACGGCCAGGAGUCCAAAACUCCCUAUCUAGAAGACCUUCCGUCACUCCCUGAGUACGAAUUGGCCCCGUCCAAGUUAGGAGAGGAAGUGGAUGAUGUUUAUCUCAUUCGAGCUCAAGGAUUGCCCUGGUCGUGCACUAUAGAAGAUGUGCUUAACUUUUUCUCAGACUGCAGAAUCCGCAAUGGUGAGAAUGGAAUACAUUUCCUCUUAAAUAGAGAUGGGAAGCGAAGGGGUGAUGCCUUAAUUGAAAUGGAGUCAGAGCAGGAUGUGCAUAAAGCCUUAGAGAAACACCGCAUGUACAUGGGUCAGCGGUAUGUAGAAGUAUAUGAGAUAAACAAUGAAGAUGUAGAUGCCUUAAUGAAGAGCUUACAGGUCAAAUCUUCACCUGUGGUAAAUGAUGGUGUAGUUCGUCUGAGAGGACUUCCUUAUAGUUGCGAUGAGAAAGACAUUGUAGACUUCUUUGCAGGACUGAAUAUAGUUGACAUUACUUUUGUGAUGGACUACAGAGGGAGAAGAAAAACAGGGGAAGCCUAUGUGCAGUUUGAAGAACCAGAAAUGGCCAGCCAAGCCUUGUUGAAACACAGGGAAGAAAUUGGUAACCGAUAUAUCGAGAUAUUUCCAAGCAGAAGGAAUGAAGUUCGAACACAUGUUGGCUCUCAUAAGGGAAAGAAAAUGGCAUCUUCUCCUACUGCUAAGUAUAUAACUGAGCCCGAAAUGGUCUUUGAAGAACAUGAAGGAAAUGAGGAUAUUCGACCCAUGACAGCUUUUGAAAAUGAGAAGGAAACCGAAUUACCUAAGGAGAUGUCAGAAAAGCUUCCAGAGGCUGUUGAUUUUGGAACUACGCCUUCAUUGCAUUUUGUCCACAUGAGAGGAUUGCCUUUCCAAGCCAAUGCCCAAGACAUUAUAAAUUUUUUUGCUCCACUGAAGCCAGUUAGAAUCACCAUGGAGUACAGCUCCAGUGGGAAGCCCACUGGAGAAGCUGAUGUGCACUUCGACACCCACGAGGAUGCUGUCGCUGCCAUGCUCAAGGACCGGUCCCAUGUUCAUCAUAGGUAUAUUGAACUGUUUCUGAAUUCAUGUCCAAAAGGAAAAUAAGACUUCCAGGGUUCCAGAUGAUAAAUAAGGAUGAAGCAAGAAGCAUUUCAUUUGCACAUCUUUCUUGGACAUGGGAUAUAAUGUUCCAGUUUAUUAGCAGCAACUGCUAGAGAAAGGAUUUUGGUGUUUUGGGUUAAUUGCUUCUAAGAAAAAUUUCAUAGUGGACUGUUUAGAGACAGAAAGGAAAGAUUCAAUUUGGGAUUAUGAACUAAACCACAAAUUAAAAUUUUUGUUUAAAUUGUCUAGGAUCUGAUUUAAAAAUCUGGUCUUUAUUUUAUGUCAUUAAAUAGUUUGUUUUCUUAGAAGAUAAUGUUACCCAUUGUAAAAACUACAUAUUUUUAAUCUGUGCUAUUCUUUAAAAUCUUUCUCCCAUUUAAAAAAUCAUCUGUUCAAGGUUUUGUUUUUUUGUCUAUGAAUUGAGAGCUGUGAUGUAAAACUUCUCAUGGAGUAAAAUAAUGAUUUAUUUUAACCACACAUUCACCAAAGCAAAGAAAGGUUUCAGACCUUUGAACCAGUAUGGUUUUCCAGAAUAGUUUCAAUUUUAGCUGUAUUUGAUUACUUAGGGGAAUUAAAAAAAAUACAAAUCAAAACAAAAAAUACAUACUACAGGUUAGUGAGUGUAAAUAACAAUUUGGCAGUUUUAUGUCUUUAGAAAUGUUUUGCCUUUCUAAGUCCUGUGCUGAAGGCAUUUAACAUUGGUGCCAGAUCUACUCAAGGGGGCAUUCUAGUCUUAACUUAAAAGUUGUCUGACCCACCCCCAUCCUCUUUUUUUGGUUUUGAGUAAACCUUAAGGGUGUUUGUUAGUCACAAAACUGUGAAGUGACCUGUCAGAACAGUCCAGACUGGUAAGGACAUUAAUGGCUUCACUUGAAUUUAAACCAGCUCUAGAUAGGAAAAAAUCUAAGUCUCCUCAUUUGCUUUUUUAAUGGGGUAGCACAUCCCAUAUUUUAGAAUAAGUAGGGGUGCCUUGCUUACGUAAAAAUAGCAUUUAAUGUAUAAUUGUGUGAAGGGUUUAUGGAUAAAAAGCUGUACUCCUGUCACAUUGUGACAGUAUUUUCUGCUUUAAUAUUAAACAGCUUGUUAUUUAAAUAUUGGACAAAAUGGCUGGCUUCAAAAUGUAGUCAUUAAUAAACUAACUUUAUGUGUACCUGUGUAGGGAAUCAAAGUCCUGUAUACUUUCUUUGCCUUGUUCCUGUUCUCAGGGUGACAACUGCCACCAAGAGAUGCAGUUCUAGUUCUUAAAAUUGAAUUUACCGAGAUUUCUUAGAGGUGAUAUCUGGAAGAGAGAUUAUCUUCUCUCACUUAAUACAUAACCGUCUUUGAAUACCAGCUAAGAAUCAAAAUCACUGUACUGUAAAUAGUCAAUAAAUGAAGGUUUGUUUCAGGCUGAA